AAAACUAUUCCUUUCCUUAGAAACCAUAAAGCAGACACAGCCAUCACCGCUGCCGCUUCUAAGAAAACCACCAUCGUUGUUGGGGUUUUGUUAAAUGUUGAUGCUCUUUCUAAUAUUUUUAUAGUAUUAGAUUAUUUAUUAAAUAAAAUUAAAAUGCAUUUGUUUAUGAAUUGAGUGUAUAUAUUUAAGUGUAUUGUGGAAAAGGUCGUAGAUGGAGUUGGGUAGUAAAUUUGCAAUUUGAUGAGUUUUCAGUGAGAAACAGCCUUGAAUUAUAGAAGUCAGAAGACCUCUCAUCCAGAGUCGAUGGCGUGGCCGUUCGCUGGAGCUGAACCCAUCCAAUUAUUCGUCAAAAUGAUGAAUUCGCAAGCUCCACCCAUGGAAAUCAACGUGGAUGCUAAUGAUAUUAUAAAGAUUAUCCACGAGAAAAUUCUAGUGACCUGGAAAAUUCCAGUUACUGAACAGAAGUUCUUUUAUGGGACAAAGCAGCUACAAUACUGGGACACGGUUAAACAGUGCUCAAUUCAAAACAAAGCCUGCCUUGAGUUGAUGGUUCGAUGGGAUGACAUGGACGGCACGUCGGCACUUCUCCAAAUGGUUCAUCAAAUGAGUUCAAGCAUUUGUCGCAUGUGCCAAGGUGAAUCCGAUUCCAAAAAUGAAGACUGCCGUAAUAUUAUUACGGCGGCGUUGGAGCGCCUAAGAGAAGAGAAAUUGGACAGUCUUUCUUUGUAUUCUGUCCCUGCGACUUUGGUUAUGCUUUAUAGCUCGCCGAUUGAAGGUAACAAAUUCUAUGGUCAUAAUUUGAUAAUGCUUUACAUGGAACUUAUAUUGAUGAACGAUGAUGAGGAUUUUCCAGAUGAAAAAGCUUCUUUGGGAUUAGAAUUUUGUAAUUUGCUCAGAGAAUUAUCUGCUGAAGAUCCUCUGUACAAAUCUUGCAGGACUAUUCUAGCAGAGCUUUUAGGAGAUUAUGAGAUUCAUUCCGAUUAUGAUGAAUGCAUGAUAACCGAAAUUCUACUAUUCGCUUUCAAGUUAUCACAAGACUUGUCGAAUGGAUUGGCCAAGUCCUUCUAUCGAUGGGAACACAUUGAAUUACUGAGAAUUCAAUUUGGUGAGUUUGGAAAAUUCUUAUGCGUAUUACGUAAGGCUAUUGAUGUUCAGAUAAAAGUCGAUGAGAAUGAUGAUCAGAAUUCGAUGGUUGAAUUAAUAGUUGCCGGAAUUGGAAUUAUUUUUCAAGUUCACUUGAAAGAUAUGGAGCAGAAUCUUGCUUGUUUUGCCAAUAUGAUACAAGUAUUUGAAAAAAUUGAUACGCUGCGUUCUGUUUCACUUCUGUAUUUGGCCAUUCUGAAUGAAUUGAAUAGCAUGUCUCAACUUCUGGAGGGUGCUCCGGAUGAAUUUCAGCGUUUAUUAGAAUGCCAGAAGAAUUCACUACAAAUAAUGAUUAAGAACAUCAUGCGGGGUGAUGAUUAUGAUUGGCUUCUUGAGUACAUUGCUAUGCUUGAUUCUGAAUCCAGGAUGCAUUUAGUAAUGAUGAAGAUGAUCCCGGAGAAAAGAUUACGCGACGCAGAGCUCUACAAGCCUCUCAUCUGGUGGUCCGAAAAUUUGGACAAAAAGCUGUUCAAUGCAGUAAAAAAUACGGAUCUUAGAGAUCCUAAAGUAUUGCAUCUUUGGUUAUGCAAGUUAUGUCAAAUUUUAUUCGAACCAAAAAAUCUCCUGUUCCGGGCAUGCACAAAUGAUCCUACAAAGUUCUAUCCUAAUCCUGAGUUGGAGCCAGAACCCUUUCAUCUUGAUUGUUUGAGUUUUGCUGGUAAAGUGAUUGCAGUAGCACUGAUGCAUGAAAUACAAGUAGGUAUUGCCUUAGAUCUUUUGUUUCUUAUGCAACUGGCUGGAAAGAAUAUUUCGUUAGAAGAUGCAAGGAAUGUAGAUUCAUGCCUUCACAAUGCGGGCAAGGAUAUCUCUAAACAGGUAUCCUUUUUCACAAAAGGCUUUGAGAGUAUUUUUGGGACACCAAUUUUACAACUGCUAUCUUUUAAGGGACUAGAGCUUGAAGAUCUUAACCAGGUGCUAAAAGGAAAAAUAAAUCUUACAUCUAAUUCUAGUAAGAAGAAAAAAUAUGUGAAUCAUGACUUCGAUGAAAGUGAUCCUCUGAUGUCCCAAUUACAAGAGGUAUGUGCUUGUAAAUUUUUCUUACUCUUAACGGAGCUAUUGUUUCCUUCACUUUUUCAUGCUUAUCACGGCUCAGAAGCUUCAUUUCAAAAUAUUAUUGCAUGAGCCGCUUUAUCAUUGG